GGAGAGCCCGGGGGCGCCGGGGUCGGAGUGCCAGAGGGGGCGCGGCCGUGUGUAGGGGCCACGGGGGUCCGAGGGGAGCAGGUGGCGCUGCCAGCAGAGACUUGCAGGGCCGGCGGCGCCCGCGGGCCAAUUCCCGUCCCCCCAGCAGCAUGGCAUCCUGUGCUGAGCCCUCUGCUAUGGGCCCUGAGCCCACUGCCCUGCCGCCUGCUGGGGUCCCACCGCUUGAAGACUUCGAGGUGCUGGAUGGGGUGGAAGACGCAGAGGGUGAGGAGGAAGAGGAGGAGGAGGAGGAGGACCUGAGUGAGCUGCCACCACUUGAGGACCUGGGGCAGCCCCCACUGGAGGAGGCUGAGCCGCCUGGGGCCCUGGCCCGAGAGUUCCUGGCUGCCAUGGAGCCCGAGCCGGAGCCUGCCCCAGCCCCAGAUGAGUGGCUGGACAUCCUGGGAAACGGGCUGUUGAGGAAGAAGACAUUGGUCCCGGGUCUGCCUGGCUCAAGCCUCCCGGCCCAGGGCCAGGUGGUCACUGUGCAACUGCAGACAUCGCUGGAAAACGGCACGCGGGUUCAGGAGGAAUCUGAGCUGGUAUUCACGCUGGGUGACUGCGAUGUCAUCCAGGCGCUGGAUCUCAGUGUCCCACUCAUGGAAGUGGGGGAGACAGCUAUGGUCACUGCUGACUCCAAGUACUGCUAUGGCCCCCAAGGCAGCAGGAGCCCAUACAUCCCCCCGCACGCGGCCCUGUGCCUAGAGGUGACCCUGAAGACUGCCGUGGACGGGCCUGACCUGGAGAUGCUCACAGGGCAGGAGCGUGUGGCCCUGGCCAACAGGAAGCGGGAGUGUGGCAAUGCCCACUACCAGCGGGCAGACUUUGUGUUGGCCGCCAACUCCUACGACCUCGCCAUCAAGGCCAUCACCUCCAGCGCCAAAGUGGACAUGACAUUCGAGGAGGAGGAGCAGCUCCUGCAGCUGAAGGUAAAGUGUCUCAACAACCUGGCGGCCUCACAGCUGAAACUGGACCACUACCGUGCAGCCCUGCGCUCCUGCAGCCUUGUGCUUGAGCACCAGCCUGACAACAUCAAGGCGCUCUUUCGCAAGGGCAAGGUGCUGGCCCAGCAGGGCGAGUACAGUGAGGCCAUCAUCAUCCUGAGGGCGGCCCUGAAGCUGGAACCUUCCAACAAGACAAUCCAGACAGAGCUCUCAAAACUGAUGAAGAAGUAUGCAGCCCAGAGGAACACAGAGACCACCCUGUACCGGAAAAUGCUGGGCAACCCCAGCCGGCUGCCUGCCAAGUGUCCCGGCAAGGGUGCCUGGUCUAUCCCAUGGAAGUGGCUGUUUGGGGCAACUGCCAUUGCCCUGGGGGGCGUGGCUCUCUCUGUGGUCAUCGCUGCCAGGAACUGACCACCCAGAUGGCUGCCACCCUCUCCACACACCAUGGACCCCACCCCAUGCUCCCUAACUCCCCCAGACUCCCUGUCCACUGCUCUCUCUGGCCUAGGCCCCUCCUCUGGGGUGGGGGCAGUGAGGUUUGGGGUUCACAUGGCCCAGUGAGCAAGAGGGACUAAGGCCCUGUAAGAGGAAAGUGAGGCAGGGCCCGGGCCCCACGUCCAGCCCAGAGGGAGGUGGCCCUCAUUCCUCCAGACUCAAUUCCUACCCGGACCUGACCCCACUGGGUUAGGUCUCAACAAAGGCCAGCCUCAGUUUCUCCUUCCCAACAGGCCUGGAGGCAGCCCUUCCCCAACCCAGUCCCUGUCCAAGCACCAACCCCUCCUGCCCCGCCUGCUGCCCUCCUUCCCUCCACCCCUCUCACCCCCACCCCCCACUUCAGUGAAAUAAAGCCUUCCACCCCGCA